AUGCACGCGUCUUCCUCCUUUCAAUACCGUAGCACCGCUUCUUCUUCCUACUCCUCUUCGUCUUCCCACCACUACAGCAAUACACGGUACAACUCGUUCCACGGGCCAAAGCAGAGGGUUCUGGGGAAUUGGCAGGCAGGCAAUGUUGCGCCUGCAUGGCGGUCUAGUGCGCAAGGACAAUCUCAAUCGCUCAGGAGACAACAGGCCGCUGGGAGUAAAAUUUUGUUGUCUCAGCUGCCGUUGGAUGUCGGAGAGAAAGAGGUUGAGGAACUCUUCAAAAAGACUGUAGGACCACUCAAAGAAUCGUUCAUUAUAUACAACAACCAGGGAAGAUCCAAAGGAAUGGCGGUAGUUGUGUUUCAACGACCAGGAGAUGCAAUGAUUGCAAGGGAGAAGUAUGAUGGAAAGUUCGUCGAUGGUCGCCGUCCAAUCAGAAUCGAACUCGUCUCAGAUGGCCCAGCUAUCCCUACAGGCCCUUCUUCAAGCUCAUCAUCUGCACCUCCUGCGCCUUUGUCACUUAUCGACAGAUUAGCCAAGGCGACGACACCGAAUUCAUCUACCCGAAAUCCGAACCCCCCAAACCUCCCAACCCACCCAAAGCAUUUUAAUCACCCAAAUCAUCAACUUCCGCGUCAAGCAGCAGCGGCAGCUUCCAUAGCAGCCGCAGGGCGCCCGAAACCCUUCUUUCAAUCCACCUUGACUUCUUCUACUUCCCAUCCCUCUACCUCAUAUAAUUCCUCGCAUGUCCCCGGACCUACAACUUCUAUAUCAAAACGCAGAACAAAAAAGGGACCGAAACGUCUGAAAAAGCAGAAUGUUCAUAUUCAGUUCCCAAAGUUCACCUCGGGGCAUGUGACGAAACUGGGGAAGUCGAAGGAAGAGUUGGAUCGGGAGAUGGAAGAUUAUAGGGCUGAGGCAGAUGUGGACUUUGAAGAUGAGUACUAG